AUGAAGAUCCAGAUCUCUUUGUUAGCGGCAUUCGCUGCUGCAGUCCCGUCUCUUGGCGCUGAGACCAGGGAAUGCAACACCGCCGACGGCGAAUCCCUCAGCCUGACCAGCCCUGACCAACUGGACGCAUUCAAAGGCUGCACGAUCCUCAACGGAGCCAUUGAAAUCGAAGCCGACUACAAGGGCGACUUCGUCCUCAACGGCGUAACCGAAGUCCACGGAAACAUUUCCACCGUCACGGAUGGCGCCGAAGGGCUGGGCCUGUUCGAGCUGCUCGAUCUCGUAGAAAUCGAUAGCAUUCAUCUCCAAGGGAUAUCUGGCGAUGUCCAUCUACCGAGCCUUGAGCGCACUGGCGAUCUCCAGCUCGUCCAGAAGAAAGAUAAGGGAGAGGUUGACCUGGGGUCUCUCGUCGAGGCAGAGAGCGUGUUGGUUCUGGGUAGUUGGACGAGCACGAACUUUGAAUCGUUGAAGACUGUCGCGAAACAGAUCCAGUUCUGCGGCUCGACGGACUGUGGUAUCUACCCCAGCACCGAGUUCCCGUACAUCGCUGUGGACCUGCCUUCGCUUGAAGAGACGGAUUAUCUCGAGGUGGCUGGGACGGUCAACAGGUUCUCCGUCCCAAAGCUAGAAGUGGUCGGACGCGCAGAUGAGCCUUCGCUUGAUGGCAGCCAGGGACUACGUAUAAACAUCCAAGCCGGGGAUGAAACGCUGGACUUUGACGCUCCUAAGAUGCACACCCUGACUGGAAAACUGGAGGUCUUCGGUGCCGUUACUGGACUAAGCAUGGGCGCCCUGGGCGAGACAGACGUCGGGGCUACCAUAAACCCUGAUGCUCCUCUCGAUAUCUAUUCCACGAUUGAAACAGCGAAGCAUUUCUAUCUGUGGCAUGACAUCAACACUGUCUACCUCCCCAAGAUGAGAGACCUGGGAAUGAUCAGCACCGACUACGCAAAAAGAAUCCCCUGCAACGACACCCUCUAUCAACUAUGGGGGAAAACGCCAGGCAGUAGUGAAAAUCCCUGCUUGAACUAUGAUUUCCCGCAGGACCCUGCCACAGAGCUAGAUAGUACGAGUAGUACUCCUAGUUCCACCCCGAGUCCUAGUAGUUCAGGCAACGCAGACAGAUUCUGA